UUUUGUUAAAGAGCGAUCGCUUUUUUUCGGAAGAGCGCGGGUUCGGAACCUUAGAAUUCGGUGGUGGUCCCAGCCCAGGCUGUUGGAACCGAUGGCUCAGAAGCCGCUUCGCCUCUUGGCUUGUGGAGAUGUUGAAGGAAAGUUUGAUGUUGUAUUCAAUAGAGUUCGAACAAUUCAGAAGAAAAGUGGAAACUUUGAUCUGCUGUUAUGUGUAGGAAAUUUCUUUGGCUCCACCCUGGGUGCUGAAUGGGAGGAGUAUAAGACCGGCAUCAAGAAAGCUCCUAUUCAGACAUAUGUUCUGGGUGCCAAUAACCAGGAAACAUUAAAAUAUUUUCAAGAUGCUGAUGGGUGUGAAUUAGCUGAAAACAUUACUUAUCUGGGUCGUAAAGGUGUCUUCACUGGAACGUCGGGGCUGCAGAUUGUAUACCUCAGUGGGACAGAGUCUUUGAAUGAGCCAGUCCCAGGUUACAGUUUUAGUUCCAAGGAUGUGUCUUCUCUGAAAAUGAUGUUGUGCUCAACAUCCCAGUUUAAGGGUGUUGAUAUCUUACUCACAUCCCCAUGGCCAAAAUAUGUGGGGAACUUUGGGAAUUCUUCUGGAGAAGUGGAUACCAAAAAAUGUGGCUCUGCUUUGGUUUCUAGUCUUGCCACAGGCUUGAAACCAAGAUAUCACUUUGCUGCUUUAGAAAAGACCUAUUAUGAGAGGCUUCCGUAUCGAAACCACAUCGUUCUACAGGAAAGUGCACAGCAUGCCACCCGGUUCAUAGCUUUGGCAAACGUUGGAAACCCAGAAAAGAAAAAGUAUCUUUAUGCAUUCAGUAUCAUUCCCAUGAAACUAAUGGAUGUAGCAGAACUGGUAAAACAGCCUGUGGAUGUCACUGAAAACCCUUACAGAAAAUCUGGGAAGGAAGCAUCCAUGGGAAAGCAAACUCCUGCCCCUGAGGAAGAGUCAGCCUGUCAAUUUUUCUUUGACUUAAGUGAAAAGCAGGGAAGGAAGCGCUCAUCCACAGGCAGAGAUAACAAGUCUUCUCCUCACCCUAAACAGCCUCGCAAACCUCCUCAGCCUCCGGGACCUUGUUGGUUUUGCCUUGCCAGCCCUGAAGUAGAAAAACAUUUGGUGGUCAACAUUGGCACACAUUGCUACCUUGCCCUGGCCAAAGGAGGCUUAUCUGAUGACCAUGUUCUCAUUCUGCCCAUUGGACACUACCAAUCAGUGGUGGAGCUUUCAGCAGAGGUGGUGGAGGAGGUGGAGAAGUACAAGGCUACACUGAGGCGAUUCUUUAAGAGUCGAGGGAAACGGUGUAUUCUAUUUGAGAGAAAUUAUAAAAGCCAUCAUCUCCAGCUACAGGUCAUUCCUGUGCCACUCAGCUGCUGUACCACUGAUGACAUAAAAGAUGCCUUCAUUACCCAGGCGCAGGAGCAACAGGUAGAACUGUUGGAAAUUCCAGAGCACUCUGACAUCAAACAGAUUGCACAGCCAGGAUCAGCAUAUUUUUAUGUUGAACUUGACACAGGAGAGAAGCUUUUCCACAGAAUUAAAAAGAAUUUUCCUUUACAGUUUGGAAGGGAGGUCCUGGCCAGUGAAGCCAUUCUUAAUAUUCCUGACAAGUCUGACUGGCGGCAAUGUCAGAUUAGCAAGGACGAGGAGGAAACCCUAGCUCGCUGCUUUCGGAAAAACUUUGAGCCCUUUGACUUCACUCUGGAUGACUAACCAUAGGGAAUGAUACUCCUAUGAAUGUCACAGGUAGUAGCAGCAGCCUGUUUUUAAAGAACCCACAGACUCCCAUGGGGACUUUUUCCCACCUUCUUUUUCAUGCAUUCCCAUGAAUCCUGCUUGUAGCAAGAAGCCUAGGACUCAAUAUAUUAUUUAUUAUAUAUUAAAAACAUGUCUGUCAUCCAGUUCCAAAUAGUUUAUAUUUAACAACAUUUCAAAAACAUCUAAACCAUCAAAUAAAAUUGAAAAACUUUACCAUGGUCA